GUGUUGGAGUUAUAUCCCUGUAUUAGGAGGUGGUGGAACUGGUAGAAGGAAUCAUGUUAUGCAGUGGCAACAACAGAUAACAGAUAUAUUGGAUUGUUUGGAUCAUAUUUGUUCAUGUUUAUUUGAUGAUCAUCAUAAUGAAGAAAUACUGGACCCAUCUUUACUUAUGUUAUCAAUUCAAUUCCCACCUUUAUCUAAAGAAGAACCUCUUCUAAGUAACCAGCUAAUACAAAGGUUAUUUACAUUUUGUGAAUGUUUGUCUUCUCUCCUUGAAGUAAAUCUUCCCGCUCAAGUUGAAAUUCCAUUCGAACGAAUAUUUUAUUUUCUCCUUUCAUGUUUCAACGUUAAUCCUAAACAACUGGGAUUUACGAGUGAAAAAAUAUUAAGAAGUUCAUAUUUAUGCGACAUUCACAUGAGUUGUUUAAACGUGUUCGAUGUUCUCACCAGACAAUGUCGGCAACAUAUAAGUCGUCAUUCUUCAGCGCUCAAUCAAAUAUUUUUGAACUUGUUGACAUUAUGGCGUGACCGAACACCAAUGGCUGGUCGAACAAAUUUGUUUUCUGAGAUCCGACUCCAAAUAUACAACUCUGUGUCCUGUUGGAUUAAAUGUUGUGGGUCUAAGAGUAACUUCUUAUGUGGUGAAUCCCAUGUUGUGGAACCAAUGUUGGAAUUAUUAAUUAAAGACAUUCUUCCUACACCAGAUAAUAUUAAGUUGUCAGGUCAGGGAGAAAAUUUAUAUGAAAAAAAUCGUAACAAAAACAAAUUGAACAAUUUAACUGGUUUGUCUGGAUCAAGAAUUUUUGACAAUUCUUCGAAUUGGGAAGUUUGUACUAAAGCUUUAGAAGUUGGUCGAUUAUGCGUGUUGUAUCUUGGCCCACAAUUGUCAGUGAAUGUUCAUAAAAUGUUGCAAGAAAGUGUAGUUGCUAUAUGUAUGAAGCUAAUUCAAAAAGACCCAAAUCUACAACCAUAUAACAGUUGCGAAUCCGUCCGCCUCCAACUGUACCAUCUUCUUCUCUCGCUCACCAUCUCAUCUUCCCCAUCAUGGCCGUCUCCUCUUCAAUAUUCAUCUCGGAUAUUUUCGCACGGGUCAAAUCACGAUCAAUCCCCGGAUGUUCGGUUUUUUUGUACGGAAGCUUGCAUCACCCUCACCCACGUCACUCACCCCCGUUCCGCACCAAUGCACAGAACAUCGUCAACUUUUGGCGAAGAUUGCUUGAAAGUUUGGGAAGCUCAAGCUGUGAAAGUUCCGCAGUCAAACGUGGAAGAACCUGUUGAUGAUAUUACUCCCAUCAAUUUACCUUUGCAUUGUAAUGAUAACAUUGAUGGUGAAGCUGGCAAAGUCUGUGCGUCUAACACAGAGGCAGAAGUGCAGAUUAAUUCACAGAAUAUUGAUUCAGAUGCAGAAAACAACAUAACUUGUGAAACACCAGAGAAACUUACACCAGAAAUUCCGAUACAAAAUAAUGAUAAUAGGAAUAAUAAACAUGAAGAACUAAAACAACAACAGCAAGAACAAGAAGAUAUUGUGAUGUCAGAUCCAUCUUUAAUAUCAACAAAUUCUUCUAAGCAAGAAGAAACCAAUGAAGAAGUUUUGAAUACUUCGAGUAGGAAACGUAAAAUAAGUGACAUCACCACAGAAAAUGAUGAAAUAAUGGAUGAUUCAAGCAUUGUAGCAACUACAGUCGACAGUGGUGAUAAGGUUGACGCUGGCUUGGAAAGAAUGUUGCUCGACUUUGUUGGCGUGCCAGCCAACUAAUGAAAUAUGAUGCCACAGUUUUACAUAAAAGCGAUCGUGUGUCAUUGAUUGAGGUAAUAAAAUCUACCAGUCGUA